UGGUGUAAGGGUUCACCCCAAUCUUCAAUUUGUUUGUUUGUUUCUUAAUAUUACAUCCAUAUUUCCUGUUUUUUAAAACGUAUUCAAUAUAGAGACUGAUGAAUAAUUAUAUAUGGUCAUCACAACAUUGGUAAAACAACAACUUUAAGGACUUUUGUCCGGUAUUACACAUUUGCAGCGUAUACAGCACACGGUGAGUGACACGCACACAGCUGUACCUACUCUUUAACGUCGUCAUUACAAUGGGAGGAAGGCUGAAUGAAUGAAUGAAGAGCCGGACAGCGUCGCGAACAGCAGCCACAGUGGUUCUGGAGGAGUGUCGAUAAUCACAAAUAUGGUAGGCUGGUGUGUCUGUCAGACAACACGGAGGAGCAGCAGCAGCGAGUUUCCAUGAUCAGUGCCUGCAUGUUCUCAUGAUCAUCAGGCUCCCAUGGUCUCUUUGACCUGAUGGUCAGUCAGCCAGGGGCUGCCACUUUUCAAAUUCUCAUCGAGACAUGUGAACGUGAGGGGAAGUGGAUCCAUCUCAGCAAUUGGAGACCACUCAUCAGUCGUAUGAAGGCUGUGUGCUGCGCUGAAAGUGUUGCUGGGAAGUGAAGGAUCCUGCAGGCAGAGCCAUGGGCUGUGGGGGGAGCAGGACCGAUGCUCUGGAGCCUCGCUACCUGGAGAGCUGGACUAAAGAGACAGAGUCGACAUGGCUGACCAGCACAGACACUGACAUCCCCCUGUCGUCCAUCCAGAGCAUCCCCUCUGAGACCUCGGAGGCCGGCUGCUUCACUUCUGAGAAAACAAUCAGCCCUGUUCCAGAUCUCUUUGAGGACGCGCUCCCUCCUCCUGCUCAGGCAUAUCUGAAGGUCUGCUCAGCCGUGUCUGAAGCCAGUCUGAGUGACGUGAAUCCCAGCAGUCCUGCGGCCAUACUCGCCUCUCCGCCCAAAGAGGAGGCGUUGCCUUCAUCUGGCACCACGGUGCAGCGCCGAAGUGUCCUACACACCGAAGAGAUUACAAAAUGGCAGGACAGUCGUAUGUCCACCAAGCAGGUGACCAUCACAGUGACACAGAGCAUCCACCAGGUGGACAAGAACGGCAAGGUGAAGAAGUCCCUCACCACCUACGAGGUGAUGAAACCUGUGGAGAGCCUAAAGCAGGUGACCACACAAAACACUUGACUUACAGGUGGAGACUGGAAGAAGCCAAAUAAAAAGAAAAAUGAUGACUGUGAAAUAAAUGAACUGAUGUGACGCUUCAAUGUCUGAAGGCUGAGGACGCACAAGGAGGACGUAUGAGACUCUGAAAGGAUUAUUUUCUUGAAAUAUUGUUGACCAAGGUUAUAUUGCAGUUAACCAUGAGAUAAUUUUUGUAAUGCCUGUUAACAGACUUUCACUGUACUCAUGAGUGUGGUUUGAUUAAGUAAAAGUUACACAAGAAUUCUUACUGAA